AUGGAUGAUGAUUUUAAUGUAAUUGGAGGAGAUGAUGCAUUAGUUUACCCAGAUGAUGAAACGUACCCGAAUCGGUCUAUGGUUAAUGAAGAACCAACAGUCCUUACAGAGCUCAAUGGAAUUGGAAGAAAGUCUGUGAAGAGACGUUUCAGGGAUUCCGAUGAGAUUAUUCAUCCUAUAGAUUGGCACAUGAACUCCGCCUUGCACGCUGAUGAGAGAGAAGCGAAACGACAGAAGCAGCUUAUAGAAAAUGAGUUGAUUGAUAGGAUGACUUCUAAAAUCAUUGAACAACGAAAUCGGCGGCACUCUCAGAUUAAUCAGUUUAGUGAAAUUGUUGAAGAUUUUGUGCCUGAAGAGGAUAGAGUCUUGUGCAUGCCUCCAACAGACGGCUCGAAAUGGAUAGGAAUUAGUUCGGCUGAUAAUUCAUCAAGAUAUUACAUACGUUAUGUGAAACCACAAAAAAGUAAUAGAAACUUUGCUAACCAACACGCAGGGCUUAGAUCAGCUUCCGCUUUAUUAGACCUACUGGAAGAGGAGCGUCAUUUAAGGGAAGAGAAGGCUCGGAAGCUAGAAAGAGAACAGGAGAGACUAGCUGAGGAAGGUUCUGUUGUUCCUACAACUUCGGAGUUAUGGAAUACUAAAUACGUUCCUAAAAAUUAUUUCGAACUCCUUGGAGACGAUACGAUUAACCGUGAUGUUCUCAUAUGGCUUAAGCUUUGGGACGAAAUCGUGAUGCCUAUUCUUUGGAUAAUGGAAAGCCUCGUCGACCGAAUCACAAAGUAUGGAAAGACAGUUGGCUCUAUUUUAACUCUCUAUUUUUGGGUUCUUCUCCUGUCUGGACCUGCGGGUCUAGGAAAGACAACCUUAGCAGGAAUUAUUGCCAGACACUGUGGCUAUGCGACAGUUGAAGUUAACGCUAGUGACAAUCGAAACAUUGCGGAUUUCGAUCGUGUCAUAGAAGGUGCACUGAGGAGUUCGAAAAACAUCGAUGCUAAAACUGGCGGAAAACCUAACUGUUUGAUCAUGGAUGAAAUAGAUGGGGCUCCAGCAGAUGCUAUUCGUUUCCUGGUGAAAACUAUCCAAAUGACAGGGAAGAAGAGCAUACGUCGACCAAUCAUUUGUAUAUGCAACAAUCUGUAUGCUCCAGCAUUACGUGAACUUCGACCAAUAGCAUUGAACGUAAUUGUUCUGCCGACAAGGAAAGAGCGAUUGGUUGAAAGAUUGGCGCAGAUUGCUUCAAAUGAAGACGUUCGAGUCGACCAUGCUGCUCUUGGCCAUUUAGUUCAGUUAUGUCACUGCGAUGUCCGUCUUUCUCUCAAUUUACUACAGUAUGUGUCAUCUGCUGCGAAGGCAGAACAAAAAGUUAUAACAAUGAGUGAAGUGGAGAAAACAGCUGAGAGACAAAAUAUUGGGUACGAUUCGAUUUUUGAGUCUUGGGCUACCAUUCUUGACUACAGUAGACAUCUGGACAGCAAAGGUGUUCUUCAAACUAUUCAGAAAAGACUAAAAACAAUUGAAAAGGUCAUUGCAACGUUUGGCGAUGAACGUUUCGUCACAGGGCUCCAUGCGAACUUUAUCAGACUGCCUUUACCGAUAGGAAUUUUGAAAAACGCAGCCAAGGAGUUUCUACUUUACGAUAGGAUAAAUAAUACAAUUGCUCAAACUCAAAACUAUGGAUUGAUGAAGUAUUUAUUUGCGUUCUACUGCUCUCUCCAUCUGACAGUAGCCACACAUCACAAAGCUAAUUUGAAGUAUCCUCAGUUGGAGCAAACCGUAGCCUUAAGAACUCGCGAAUCGAUUGAAACAGUCAACUCUAUAAGAUCUUCGCUGAUUAUUGCAAAUAACCCUUCAAGCUUGGUGACGGAUAUCCUUCCUCUUCUUGUAACAAUUGUCCAGCCAGCUAUAAAACCCAUGAAUGAACAGCUAUAUGGUUCGAAAGAUCUGCUGUUGAUCAGCAAAGUCGUGGAAAUCAUGUCUUUCUUUAAUUUAACCUAUUCACCUUCUACUAUCAAUGGCCAACUACAAUACACAUUCCAACCACCCGUUGACGUGUUAACUCUGUACAACUUGAGCGAUGUGAAUCAUCGUGUUUCCCUAUCAAAUUCCAUGAGACAAUUAAUAACGAAAAGAAUUGAUCAGUUCAAAACUAAAGCUCUGAUUGAAGAGACGAUGAAGAAUAUAUCAAACCAAGGAACUGAGGUUCCGAAAAACCUAGCUAUGGAGCGUAUCAUGCCGAAGAAAAUUAAUCCGAACAAAGUGCCACUUCAUUACAAGUAUAACCAAGGGUUCAGCAAUGCUGUUAAGAAAAGCAUUCGCAUGUCUUAUUUCAUUCAGUAA